UUUCAGAUGACAACACCGCCAGAUGGCACGUCAUCAUCUUCGUCUGCAAAAUUCAUGUCGGCGGUUAAUGGUUUGGUGCCGUCUACCAUUUUUGAUCGAAUUAACUCGGACAUGGAUGUUUCGGAAGAAAUGGAAGAGAUUCGAGAAGUUCUAUAUGAGAUGAUCAAAACUAAUUUUCCAAUGGGUGUUGCAGCAACUCAUCUUUCGGAAAAAUAUCAUGAGGAAUUUGUUUCAAAAGGACUUGGACGUGAACUUCCCGAAGAUUGGAUUCAGCAAGUCACUGCUGCAGAAGAGUUUGAAGCUCAGACACGCGGCCCCAUCACCAUACUGUUCGUCCGUCUCUCAAACACAUCAUCGUUCAAAAGACCACCCAUAAAUUCAGUAAAUGUACGAGCUUGCCCAAUUCGCAUUAACACCACGCCCCCUCUGUCUUCUCUAACCUUAAUUCGAAUAUGGAGGAAUUGAAUUCCGAUUUCAUCAUUUCCACGGAUCGAGAACCAACUGCGGAUGAGUUGAAAAAAAUUAAACAAAGAAAAGAGAAUGAGCCAACGGAGCAUGCAAAAACGCUUUCUCAACAAUCUGUCGCUCUAAAAGAAGGAUCAACUGUGUCAAUCGUCUAUGCAGAUUCGCCAAAGAGAUUCUUUAUUCGAGCUCUCGCGGAUGACGAUCAGUAUGAAAAAAUUGGAACUACGCUCGCUGAGAUUUAUGCUCAAGAAACUCCGCCAUCGGCACUCGAUAGUCGAGUUGCAAUUUAUGAAAUUGUGGCUGGUGGAGCUUAUGCCCUUCAAGAUUCGAAUGGAACAUGGUUUCGUGUAAUUGCCAAGCAGCCACCACAAUCCGGACAAGUCAUGUGCCAUUUUGUGGAUGUUGGCGUCUGUGAGAAAUUCCCUGUGGCGGCGAUAAGACUCUUACCACCUGCUGUGCAUCCAGUAAUGUCAAUCGGAUCAAUGGCUCGAGAAGUUCGUAUGGAUGUCAGUGAAGAAGAAUCAUUGAGGUUGAAUAAUAAAUUUGUUGAUUUAACAUUCGAGACAAAAGAUGAUGGAAUUCAGGUUCCGAUAAAUCUAACACUUUCAAAGUUUGACUCCUCAGACUCCGAAUCUUUACCAGUUGUAGAUCUUCAAAGUUCUGAUGGCUUAUCAAUUACCGAAUUUCUUAAAAAACCAUCUGGAGUUGUUCGAUUGAGUACUCCAACAAAAACAACUUCACCUAUUACUCCGGCUUCUGCUUCAACAUCCAGUUUGACAUGUCUUUUUGACAAACCUGCGACGGUAAAUAUCUUCUAUUGAUGUUUAGAAAUUUUAGAAUAACAUUUUCAGAUCCAACCAAUGACCGUUGCUCAAAUGCCGAUGUCAGCGUUCCCAGCAAAUGCAAUUUUCGCUGCAGGACCCACGGACAUCUCAUUACGGCAACUUUCAUUAGACCCGAUGCCCGAUUAUAUGUAUGCAAAGUUGAAAGACGAAUGUGCUCUGCCUGAUUCUCAACUGGAAAGUUCUCCUGAUUUUGGAGGAUUCUACGCGGCUUUUAUCGAUGAUCGUUGGGAACGUGUUCAGUGUAUUCGUGCGAGUAAAAUUGACAAACAAGCCUAUUGUGUAUAUCUUCUGGAUGUGGGCGCUUUCCAAUACGUGCGAAAAGAAGCAAUGCGACGUCUCAACUCCACGUCACCAUUCAAAAAAAUGCUGAUGUUCAAGUGUAAAAUCGGAGGAAUCAAACCAGUUGCUGGAGGAGAAGUUUGGAGCCGCGAGUCACAUGAAGCUGUUCGAGAAUUCUUUGAAGCAGCAUGUGGUGAACCUGUUGUGGUUGAACCAACUCAGCCUGGAUGGUCUCAAUGGAAACAAUUAAAUGCUCCAGCUGUUCCAACCUGUGAAGCUCGUUUAUCUUGUUGUGGUAGAGAUAUUGGUGACUGGCUCAUCGCGUGUGGUUUGGCUCUUCCAAUAAAUGCACCAAUUCCAAGUCCCAAUUCACAGUCACUUCUUACUUUUGUUCCAACACCAAUUAAUAUUGUUGGCAGAAAUAUUUGAAUAUUUUCUGAUCCGUCUUCAUUACAAAGCUUCUAAUCAAUUUUGUGCUUUAUUUUUUUCUAAUUUUUGAAUAUUGUAUAUUUUCAUAAUUCCUCAGUUUUGCCGAUUAGUAGUCUUUCUCUGAAAAUUCAAAAAUAUUUGCUCAGUUUUCCACUUUUCUCUUCAGUUUUUAUUCUUUCUAGUUUCAUAAUUCUGUGAUAAUUUCAGUUUUAUUGUCUUUUAAU